AUGGAUCAGGCAAAUCUAAUUCGUAAGUCUUACACGCCGGUCGAGCAAACGCUCAAGAACGUGCUAACCGAACCAAGCAUGGAUGCCAUAUCCUUUGUCCUGGGUAUCAAAUCAUCGCAUCUUCGCUCAGCACAUCUCAAAGACCUUGUCUACCGCGGCCGCGUCCUACAAACUUCCAAGAUAAACGACGACGGGUCCGUGGACGCGAAUGGGCCUUCGAAUGGAGUUCCCAAUGGCAGCCAGCAGGCUGCUCGCGGUGAUCCGAAGACGGCAUGGGUCAUGGCUGUUUACGAGGACGAUGCAGGUGAUGAACAACGGUGGAAACGCUCGAUCACUAGCUCAGGCGCGAGCGAAUACCGCAUCAACGACCGCGUCGUCACUGCACAACAAUACAACGAAGGGCUAGAGGCUGAGAAUAUCUUAAUCAAGGCGAGGAACUUUCUCGUCUUUCAAGGCGAUGUCGAAGCCAUUGCCUCGCAGUCACCACAGGAUCUGACCCGGCUGGUUGAGCAAAUCUCCGGCAGCCUAGAGUAUAAAGGCGAUUACGAGAGAUUACAAGCCGAGGCUGAGCAGGCAGCUGAGAAUCAAAACUUCCAGUUGCAACGCCGCCGUGGCAUCAACUCCGAAAUCAAGCAAUAUCGCGAACAGAAGAAGGAGGCGGACAACUUCCAGAAAAAGGCAGACGAAAGGGACAACGCCAUUGUCACGCACACGCUCUGGAAGUUGUAUCACUUUCAGAAGGCAAUGGACGACUCUAAGGCAGCUAUACACAGUCAUCAUGAAGACUUGAAGGAUUUGAGGCGGAAUGUUGAAGUCUUUCAGCAAAAGCUGGAUGUGGCUCGCGAAAAUCAGUCUAAUGCGGCUCGUCAAGUUUCCAAGAUUGAGAAGAAUAUCAAGGGCAUAGAAAGAGGUAUCGAAGAUGCCCAGGAUUCUAUGAUUCCGCACGAUGAGAAGAUUGCCGAAACAAAUCGGCGCUUGGAAGUGAACAAGUCGAAGACUGAUCGCAUCACACGCGAACGCGACGAGCAAGCUGCCACCAUUGCAAAGCUUCAGAAAGACGUUGAGAAUGUGGUGAAAGCCGAAGCCAGAUUUGAGAAGGAGAUUAAAGACCAAAUGCGGCAGCAGGGCCGCGACAUCAGUGACGCAGACAGGAAAGAAUACGACGUCCUUCGCUCUCAGGUCAUGCUGAAGACCACUGCAGACCAAAAAGGAUUUGCGCAAUAUGAGCGCACAGAGAAAGCGGACGAAGUCACCUACAGGAAUCUGGAAAGUAAGGUCGAUUAUUAUGUGAGGCUCAUCGAGAGGAAUGAGGCCGACUUGGCGCAGAUUGCAGAGAGGAAAAGGUCGACGGAAGCGAUUGCACGGGAGCUAACCAGUAGUGUCUCCUCCAUGAAGAAGGAGUUCCACCGAUUGCAAGCAAAGCGUAUUGAGAGCAGCCAGAAACGGACCGUUCUCGAGGAGAGGCUUGAGGAUGUGUCUCGAAAGCUCAAGGACGCUGAUGAUGGACGCCGGCAAAGCGAUAGGGAGAGGAGACUAAAGGAUAUGAUUGCUACUCUCAAAAGUGCUUAUCCGGGUGUUCAUGGCCGUGUUGGCGAUCUUUGCAAGCCCAAACAGAACAAGUUCGAGGAGGCUGUUCUUGUGGCUCUAGGUCGAAACUUUGAUUCCGUCGUCGUAGACACGGAGAAGGUCGGCACCGACUGCAUUGCCUAUCUACGCGAGCAGCGGUUCCCCACGAUGAGCUUCAUUCCUCUCGACAACAUCAAAAUCCCGCAGCUGAACACGAGCAUCAAGGGUAUCAAGGGUGCCAGGUUGGCUGUCGAUACUGUCAACUUUGAUUCGGCUUUUGAGCGUGCUAUCAUCUACGCUUGUGGUAACUCGGUCGUGUGCGACACCAUUGAAGUUGCAAAGCACAUCUGCUUCGAGAAAAGGUUCCCUGUCGAAGCAGUUACUCUGGAUGGCUUUGUCAUCCAUGAAGGUGGCACUAUGACGGGAGGAAGGGGCCCUGACUCGAAGGGCAAAAGGAGGUUCGAACAGGCAGACAUUCCAAACCUCGAGAGGUCGGCCAAAAAUUUGAAGGAAGAAAUCGAGAACCUUCCAAAAGCCGACCGUCACGGCAGCAAGGAAGAGGCUCUGGAGUCCGAGCUGGCUGUCCUUGAGCGCAGGCUCAAAGUCGUGAGUGAUGAAGUCGAAGGCUUCACCAAAAACUACGAAAGCAAGCAGAGUGAAGUCAAAAGUCUGAAGAAGGAGUUGCGAGCUAUCCAGCCUAAAUUCGACCAAAAGAAAGCAGAGCUGGAGAGUGUCAGGGCAAACGCUCAGAGAUUCAAGACCGCCAUCAGCCAAGUUGAGGAUGAAGUCUUUGCCAGUUUCUGCUCAAGACUGGGUUACAGUGACAUUCGAGCGUACGAAGUCUCACAGGGAAAAUUCGAGCAAGAAGCGAAUCAGAAGCGCCAGGAGUACUCAGUACAAAAGCAGAAGCUGCACAACAGGCUCAAUUGGGAGAUUGAAAAUCACAAGCAAACGGAGGCCCGUCUUAAGACCACUCGCGACAACAUUCGCAAGCUCGUCAACGACAUCAAGGCUUUUGAAGAGGAAAAGUCCAGCCUUCAAAGCAAGGUUCUUGAGAUGCAGGCUGAACUGGAGGCACUUGGCGAGCUUCUCGACGAACACAAAAGCGAGCUUGCCGAGCGCUCAGAGAAGGUAAGCGAAGCUAAGGCUGAAUUGCAGAAGCGCAGCAAGGGCAUCGAGAGUCGCCAAAAGGAAAUCACAGAGCUGGAGAACAUUGCCCUCAAGAAUAGCUCCAGCAAGUCAACGCUUUUGCGCCGUUGUCGGUUAGAGCAGAUUCAAGUUCCCUUGGUCGAGGGCACUUUGGACGACUUACCAUUGGAAGACGAAACCAUGCAUGCAGAUUUCGAUGGUAUGGAUCUUGACGACGAUCAGGAGGCUCCGGACGACAUUGCCCGGCACCAUGGCGUGGAAAUUGACUAUUCAAGCCUGGACCCGGAAUAUCGAGAAUCAGGCGACGAGGAAGUUGAGACUCAACUUCAACAACACAUCUUGUCACUCAACUCGGAACUCGAGAAAUUAAACCCCAACAUGCGCGCAAUGGAACGACUCGAAGGCGUUGAGACGCGCCUCAAGCAGACCGAUGAGGAGUACGAGGACUCGAAAAAAGCCGCUCACAACGCUAAGGAAGCUUUCCGGGAAAUCAAAGAAAAGCGGUAUGAACUGUUCAACAAGGCAUUUUCCCACAUUCAGGAUCAAAUAAAGGUCGUCUACCGGGACUUGACGCGUUCUGAAGCGUAUCCUCUGGGCGGACAGGCUUAUCUCGACAUUGAAGAAGAUACCGACAUGCCGUAUCUUUCUGGUAUCAAAUAUCACGCCAUGCCGCCUCUGAAGCGAUUCCGCGACAUGGAACAUCUCUCAGGCGGUGAGAAGACGAUGGCCGCCUUGGCAUUGCUGUUUGCGGUUCACAGUUACCAAUCGAGUCCUUUCUUUGUCCUGGACGAGGUCGAUGCAGCGCUCGACAAUGCCAACGUGGACAAGAUCAAGAAGUACAUCAGAGAUCACGCUGGACCAGGCAUGCAGUUCGUCGUCAUCAGCCUGAAGGCUGGCCUCUUCCAAGACAAGCAGACGUACACUAUACGAGUUGACGAAGCGACCAAAGAACGAUCGAGCACUUCUGUCUCGCAAGUCGUCGUUGCGAUCAUGGACCUCGCUGUAGACUUGGUAAAGUCGGUGUUGCGUGCCUUCUACUCGACGCGCGAGAUCCUGGUCAUUGAUGCUCUCGUCUUGCACCGAACUAUUCGCGACGAUGAUCUCUCGUAUUUGAUGAACCUGAAUACGAAAGACCUGCACAAACUUUGCGGGAAGUUGCGAGAAGAUCGUCUUUUGGUACAGCCGGAGCUGGUCAAGGCGAACGGACGCAGCGUGCAUAAAACAUACUACUACAUCAACUACCGGCAGACUAUCGAUGCGAUCAAAUGGAAAAUGUACACAGUGGGCAAGGAUGUCCAGGGCGUCGUAGUGCAGACAGACGAGAAGAAAGAGUACUUUUGCCUUUUCUGCAAGGCGGAAUGGACAGCCAUGGAGGUUCUCGACAACUCCAGCGAUCAAGGCUUCCUCUGCCACCGAUGCGGCCACGUCCUCAAAUUCGACCGCGAGCGUAAUCCCGCCGGCCAUGAGCAGUCGACCCUUCUCAACGAGCAGUUCAAGUUCAUCACCGAAACAUUGCCCCGACUCGAUCAGGCCGAAAUACAAGAAAGCAAUUUCGAGGAGUUGUUUGAACAGAGGCUGCCCGUCGUCCGCGAUGAAACCCACCAACGAACAGACACAGAGGCGAUUGCUGUCGAUUCUCGACCUUUGGCUGUGAAAGGGUCUUCGACAACCGGGCCGCAGACAAUCAAUAUCAGCAUUCAGUCGGCCGAUGGGCCAUCAGAAGCGGAAAAGGAGGCCGAGAAAGCUCGCAAGGCGGAGAUGGCUAAGAGGAACGAAAUGCCAUCGUGGCAUGUCGAGUCAACGAUUGGCCCUGGAGUUGGGAAACCCGCAUCCAAGGGCCUCAACGCAAUCAAAAAGGAAGCAGGCGAGGCUGACAAGCCAGCCGAUGUCCCUCAAGCCGGCGGGACCCAGAUUGAUGACAUUUUUGCGAAGCUAAAGGCAGAGCAGGCCUUGGAGCAAUCUCGGAAAGAUGCAGAGGAGGAAGAUGACUCUGGAUCUGACGACGAGGAUGAAGAAGGUUUCCAGGACGUUCCCACCACCGGCGCGAGCUUUGGGCGUGCCACUACAACUACGCCUAUCAUGAAACGCGAGGCCUCCGGUGAAAUAUCUAUAGGCUCGGAGGAGAGACAAGCGAAGAGAGUGAAGAUUGAAUCGGAAGCCAAACCUGAACCGAACGUCAAGGCAGAGCCUCCUGCUAGCGACGAGGACGACGAUGAACUUGAAUUUGAGGACGUCUGA